CCGAAGGAAGAUCAAGUCUACUCCCGAUUCUCUGCCGCUAACUGCUUGGUGAAGUUCGCUGCUCUAUAAAGAUUCAACCUUUGCUCGUGCAAAGCUUCAAUCGAGCUCGGAGCUUCGGGUAUCAAUGGCCGGUAGAGGAAAGACCCUGGGUUCCGGUGCGUCGAAGAAGGCGACGUCUCGUAGCAGCAAGGCCGGCCUCCAGUUCCCGGUCGGUCGUAUUGCUCGGUUCCUCAAGGCCGGCAAGUACGCCGAGCGUGUCGGCGCCGGAGCUCCUGUCUACCUCGCUGCCGUCCUCGAGUACCUUGCUGCUGAGGUGCUUGAAUUGGCUGGGAAUGCAGCGAGAGACAACAAGAAGACGAGGAUCGUGCCUCGCCACAUCCAGCUUGCAGUGAGGAAUGAUGAGGAGCUAAGCAAGCUCCUUGGAGAUGUCACGAUCGCGAAUGGAGGGGUGAUGCCUAACAUCCACAAUCUCCUCUUGCCCAAGAAGACUGGCCCCUCCAAGUCCUCUGCUGGAGAUGAAGACUAAAUAGAAUUUUGGGUUCCUAAUUGUUAUCUUAUUGAAAUCGGAAUGACUUCCCGGGUUUCUGGGUUUAGCUUUCGAGUUGAGGAUGGAAUGGUAGUUUGGUGGUUCUUCUGGUCUGUACUUUGGGAUGGUGUGAGGUUUAUAGCUUAAUUAGGGAACUGGACACUGUUAGUGAUUGAUGUGAAUAUCGGGUAUCUUCAAAUUUCCUAAUACGAAGUUGUUCAUUCUAAUGCGAUUUUGCAAAUGAUUCCAUCC